GAAAAACAAAGGAACCAGUUCCACCUUUAGAUCAUUUUAUAAUUAAAACAGAACAAAAUGAUCUUCAACCAUGAAGCAAAUUCUGUCCCCAUGUGGGCCAGUCAGGUACUGCACUGACAUACAAGUACAAAACCUUAAUUCUCUAAUUUAUUAAAUUGUUUCUAUUGAGCAAAAACUAUAAUAGUAACAAUAACAGUAACAAUAAUAAUAAUAAUAAUAAUAAUAAUAAUAAUAAUAAUAAAGGCCUGACAGCUGGUCUUCACCUUUAUUAUAAUAUUACCCCUGACCUUUUUGGUUCUACUUUAUUCCUGUCCUCAACUUUUUUUUUAGAUUUUUACUGGGUUUUUUUUUUGUUUGUUUUUUUCAGAUUUAAUGACCAAUGAGAACACAGAGAUUUUUUCUUUUUCUUUUUCCAAAUGAUUGUAUGAAAUUACAGAUCAAAGUUGUUUCCACGUGUCUGGGUUUUAUCACAAAAACUCUGAAUGGACACAACUGUAUAAAUGACCUGAGAAAGAUCUUUUUUUUAAUAUAUUUUGUUGAUUUAUUUGGACUGUGGCGUCACAGCCUGCUCUUCUUUUAAAGGUUGAACUCAUUUGUGUUUCCUUCCUGGAACGACUCACUCAGUCACAUUUCCUGCUCCGUCAAAAGGGCAGUUUAAAGAGGUGUGGCGCAGUGACGCAGCCGUCUCACACACACACACACACACACACACACACACACGUUGUGUAGAUCAGCGCUCACACUAUUUAGACAAAGUGAAAGUCGUCAGUGAGUCUCAGUCGUCGUCGUGACCAGUUGGUAAAAUGGCUCAGGCCAGAGUUCGUCUGGAGGCGGAGGCGUUCCUCUGCUCCGUCUGUCUGGACCUCCUGAGGGAUCCAGUGACCAUCCUCUGUGGACACAGCUACUGUGAGCCCUGUAUCCAGGUCCACUGGGACCAGGAGGGUGAGAAGACUCCCUACAGCUGCCCUCAGUGCAGACACACCUUCACAUCCAGACCCCAGCUGAACAGGAACACCAUGUUGGCCGUCCUGGUGGACGAGCUGCAGAAGUGCGGACGCCGAGCGACCGCUGAUCAUCCGCGCUCCGCCGGACGUGAGGACGUGGCCUGCGACGUCUGCGGUGGACAGAAGCUGAAAGCCGUCAAGUCCUGCUUGGUCUGUCUGGCCUCCUACUGUGAGGAGCACGUCCAGCCUCAUUACAGCUCCGCACCGCUCCACAAACACCAGCUGGUGGAGCCCUCCAGGAGGCUGCAGGAGAACAUCUGCUCCCGUCACCACGAGGCCAUGAAGAUGUUCUGCCGCACCGAUGGACAGUGCAUGUGUUUUCUCUGCUCCGUGGAUCAGCACAAAGGCCACGACGUGGUCUCGGCUGUAGAAGAACGGGCGUGGAGGCAGAAAGAGCUGGACCUGAGUCGACAGGAAGUCCAGCGAAGCCUCCAGGACAAGAAGGAGAACGUGAAGGUGCUUGAAGGAGAGCUGGAGGCCGUCAAGUGUUCGGCCGACGCGGCCGUGGAGGACAGUGUGAAGAUGUUGUCUGAGCUGGUCCGUCUGCUGCAGGACAGAACCUCGGACGUGGAGCAGCAGAUCAGGCGGCAGCAGCGGUCCGAGGAGCGUCGGGUCAGGGAGCUCCAGGAGACGCUGCAGCAGGAGGUGAGAGAGCUGGAGCAGAGAGACGCUGAGCUGGAGCAGCUCUCCUCCACACAGGAUCACGUCCAGUUCCUCCUCCACUACUCCUCAGCCACGGCCCCUCGCCCACCCGCUCCCCCCUCCAGCAUCAGCGUCCGUCCUCUCAGGUACUUUGAGGACGUGACGGCGGCUGUGUCCAAGGUCGGGCGGCAGCUCCAGGACCUUCUGACGGAGACUUGGACCAUCGUCUCGCAGGCCCAGGCCCAGGUGGACGCUCUGCUGUCACAGCUGGAGCCAAGGACCAGGGAGGAGUUCCUACGGUACUCCCAGGAACUGACCCUGGAUCUGUGCACGGCUCACCCGCAGCUGCUGGUGUCCGGGGGGGGGAGACGGGUGGAGUUCUCCUUCAAGGAGCAGCUGUAUCCUCCUCACCCGGACCGCUUCGCUCACGUGAGUCAGAUCCUGAGUGAACAGGGUCUGACGGGCCGUCGGUACUGGGAGGUGGAGUGGAGGGGCGGGGGGGUCACGGUGGCCGUCACCUACAGGAGCAUCAGCAGAACCGGGCUCUUGGCCCAGUGUGGGUUCGGACGUCGUGACGAGUCCUGGGCUCUGUUCUGUGACCAGACCAGCUGUGACUUUGGACACAACGGUACCUGGACCAAGGUCUCGGGGGGGGUCUCCCCCAGGAUCGGAGUGUACCUGGACCACGCUGCAGGGGUCCUGACCUUCUACAGCGUCUCCGACACCAUGACCCCCCUCCACAGGGUCCAGACCCGGUUCACUGAGCCGCUCUACGCUGGACUCAGGUUCCACUACUAUCCUGGAGACACGGCCCAGUUCUGUGAACUCGGCUCACUUUCCUGUAAACACUGAUUACAGGUGUGUGUGUGUGGGUGUGUGUGUGUGGGUGUGUGUGUGUGUGUGUGUGUGUGUGUGUGUAAUUACGUGUAAUUUGUCGGUGUGGCUCAAACAAAAGUCAAAUAUCUGGUUCUUCUUUCACGAACAGAAACUGUUCCUC